AUGGCUCCUCAACCCCCACCACCCUCCGAAGGGAAGAAACGACGCAUCGCCAUCAUGACCAGUGGAGGUGAUUCUCCUGGUAUGAAUGGUGUUGUACGAGCCUGCGUUCGAAUGGCAAUCUAUAAAGGAUGUGAACCAUAUUGUAUCUACGAAGGAUAUGAAGGUUUAGUCCAAGGAGGAAAGUUGAUACAAAAGAUGGGUUGGGAGGAUGUUCGCGGAUGGCAAUCAGAAGGAGGUACUCUUAUUGGUACUGCUAGAUGUAUGGCAUUCUACGAACGACCUGGCAGAUUACAAGCAGCAAAAAAUAUGGUGCUGAAUGGGCUCGAUGCCCUCAUCAUUUGUGGUGGAGAUGGUUCCUUGACUGGAGCUGAUCGAUUCAGAGCGGAAUGGCCCGGUUUGAUCAAGGAAUUGAUUGAAAAGAAGGAAUUGACUAAACAACAAGUGGCUCCAUUCAAACAUCUUAAUAUCGUUGGUUUGGUUGGUUCAAUUGACAAUGAUAUGUCCGGUACCGAUGCUACAAUUGGUUGCUUUUCAGCUCUUGGUAAGAUCUGCGAGAUGGUGGAUUACAUCGAACAAACUGCAUCAUCACAUUCAAGAGCUUUCGUUAUCGAAGUUAUGGGUAGACAUUGUGGUUGGUUAGCCUUGAUGGCAGGUGUGGCUACUGGUGCAGAUUUCGUUUUCAUUCCAGAGAAACCAAGAGCAGAUAAUUGGAAAGAGGAGAUGUAUAAGGUUAUACAAAAGCAUAGACAACUGGGAAAGAGAAAGACAAUUGUUAUUGUUGCUGAAGGUGCUCAUGAUCAAGGAGGAAACAAGAUUUCUCCUGAGAUGAUCAAGGAUCUUCUUGCAGACAAGGAUGGACUCGCCCUCGAUACACGUAUCUCUACAUUAGGUCAUGUACAACGUGGUGGUACUGCAUGUGCCUAUGAUCGUUACCUUUCUACUUUACAAGGUAUUGAGGCAGUAAAUGCUGUUCUUGAUGCUACACCAGAAACAGUUACUCCUUUUAUCGCCAUUAACGAGAACAAAAUCACGAGGAAACCACUUGUUCAGUCUGUGAUUGAUACUCAAGAGGUAGCGAAGGCCAUUGAAGCAAAAGACUUUACCAGGGCCAUGGGAUUGAGAGAUACAGAAUUUUCCGAUUUCUACGAUUCUUACAUGACUACAACAGCUACUGAUCUCAAUAAUGAUAUGCGUCUUCCUGAGAAGAAGCACAUGAGAAUUGCCAUUGUACAUGUCGGAGCUCCAGCUGGUGGUGUUAAUGCUGCUACACGUGCAGCUGUAGCCUACUGCUUAACUCGUGGACAUACACCAAUCGCUAUUCACAACGGUUUCGCUGGAUUUGCCCGUCAUCAUCAGGAUAAUCCUGGAUCUGUCCGAGAAUUCGAUUGGUUAGAAGUUGAUGGGUGGGCCAGUAGAGGUGGUUCGGAAAUUGGUAUGAACCGUGAACUGCCAUCGGAGUCCGGAAUGCCAUUGAUUGCAUCACUUUUUGAAAAAUUUAAGAUUGAUGGUCUUCUCAUCAUUGGAGGUUUCGAAGGUUUCCACGCAUUAUCCGAACUCCGUCAAGCAAGAGAAACUUACUCGUCUCUUUGCAUUCCUAUGACUUUACUCCCAGCCACUAUCUCCAACAAUGUUCCAGGAACAGAAUAUUCAAUUGGUUCAGAUACCUGUUUGAAUGAACUUGUCCGUUAUUGCGACACAAUCAAACAAUCCGCUUCGGCUUCCCGUCGUCGUGUCUUCGUUAUCGAAACUCAAGGUGGUCGAUCCGGUUACGUUGCUACAAUGGCUGGUCUUGCUGUUGGUGCAACCGCAGUCUAUACUCCUGAAGAAGGUGUUAGUAUUGCCAUGCUCGCAGCAGACAUCGCACAUCUUAAGGAGGUCUUUGAAAAGGAUAGUGGCCAAUCAAGAGCCGGUCGUCUUAUCCUCAUCAACGAAAAGGCAUCAAAGGUUUACCACGCCAAACUCAUCGCUGACAUGAUCCGUGAAGAAGCCCGUGACCGUUUCGAAUCCCGUGACUCAAUUCCAGGUCACGUCCAACAAGGUGGCACCCCAUCCCCAAUGGAUCGUACUCGUGCCGUUCGCUUAGCUAUCAAAUGUAUUGAACAUCUGGAAAAAUACGAAGAUCGAACAGACAAGAAGAUUAUUGAUGAUAAACAAAGUUGCACGGUAAUCGGAAUUAAGGGAGCUCAAGUCGUCUUUUCAAGCAUGAUAGAUGUAGAGGAGAAUGAAACAGAUUGGCCAAAUAGAAGACCAAAGGAUGAGUUUUGGUUGGGUUUGAAAUCAACGGUGGAUAUUCUUGCAGGAAGGCCGGCACUUCCAAGACCAGAGGGGAAGUUGGUGGGUUGGAAAGCAAAGGAUAAGAAGAGAGGGUUGAUUUGA